AACGAGGACAUCUACACGGUCGUAUGUGCACACGGCUAUCUACGUACGCCCAGCGGCGAGCAUGCGCUGACGUCAAUGGGAGGAGCCCCAGAGUCAGUUUUGACUUCUCAUCUCUCUCCGUCUGAUCCUGUCUACGUUCAGAGCCUCGCCGUGCAGGGCUGAUGCGACACCGUGCAGGGCCCUACUUAAGGCGGUUGCACGUCUCACCGAAGCCUCAAUUGCGCAAGCUGGUGUGCGACUGUCUCGAGUGGGAGUCGCAAGCCCUGAUCGAGUUCCUGAACAGCCGGGACACCGCAGCUGGUAUAAAACACUUGUGUAUAUUGUUGCUCACCCUCCACUAUGGUGCAUUUCCUUGCGCUAUGAGGUCGUCUUCAUAUUUCAGCGCCCUCAGUUUAUCCCAUAUGGCCCGGCUACAGUUCCCUGCAGUUCACCCUUCCCGACCAUGCCACUCUUGCCCCGUUUCCUGGAAUUCUUAUGGCCAUCUCCUCAGCGGUAUCAGAGAACAUGACCAUUGUCAUCCACCCCGACCAGGUCAAGGGCCAAGAGCUGGUGCAGACGACGUACUCAGCAGACGCAACAUUCUUGACUCAGAUUGAUUCGGCAUCGCUCCGAAACUGUUGGUGGCGUUCCAUCUCAUCAGUGACGGAAUGCAAGUCUUUCGAGUUGGCGAGGCGCGCGUUAGAGCAACGUUCUUUCACGAUCGCGAGCACAACCCGGAGGCACACUGGCUAUGAUACAGUCAUGUCGCCAAAGUGAAGACGCUGAACCUUGUGGCGCCUUUUCUUUCUUCGCAGUAAAUUAGAACCGCCAUUCAAGUUUGUAGUAAGAAAUUAAUG